UUAUAGGUACUCAAUAUGAGGACAGAAUGUUCCUCUUUGGAUACGACAGUUAUUGAUUAUAUUAUCUAGUCGCUUUGCAGCCGAAGAAUGGCAAAUCGAAUCAAAACUCCGACGAAUGUCAAGCUACUCACUAAUGUAGCAGUGGUCCGAAUGAAAAAGUGUGGGAAACGAUUCGAAAUCGCAUGUUACAAAAAUAAAGUGAUCAGCUGGAGGAACAAAACUGAAAAAGACAUCGAUGAAGUGUUGCAGACACAAACGGUAUUUACUAAUGUAUCCAAAGGGCAGGUAGCGAAACGCGAAGAGCUUAACACUGCCUUCGGCACAGACAACCAGUUGGAAAUUUGUAAAAUAAUCUUAGAAAAAGGUGAUCUUCAAGUUUCGGAGAAAGAGCGCCUGGCGCAGUCCGAUUCGUCAUUUAAAGAAAUCGCAAAUUUAAUAGCGAACAUGUGUGUGAAUCCGGAUACGAAACGUCCAUAUUCUAGCAGUGUUAUCGAUAAUGCUUUGCAUGAAGCACAUUUAAGUCUGAAGCCUAACCGCUCAAUAAAGCAACAAGCCUUGGAAAUAAUUCCUAAACUGCGUGAAUCAAUGAAAAUUGACCGAGCAGAGAUGCGACUUCGAGUGUCUGUUGAAGCGAAAGAAGCUAAACGCAUGCAUGAUCGGCUGAAAGGGAUGUUCACAAAAAUUGAAGUUGAAGAUUGGGAACAAGGGAAUCUUGAGAUGGUUGGACUAAUUGAUCCGGGUGCAUAUCGAUCAAUUGAAGAGUUACUUCAGAAGGAAACGAAAAAAACAGGACAUUUAGAAUUACUAGCUCUCAAAGUUAUUGACGAAGGUGAUGUUGAAAUCUCAUGAUUCGCUGUAAAUCAUUUCUCUUCAUGUCUUGUUUGUAGUUCGGUGUCGAGCAAUUUGGUCGAAAUUUUAAUUGUUGAUCUGGAUUGCUCAAAAUAGCUUUGGGAUUUUUAUGUAACUUUAAUUUUUCUCCGGGAACUUUAUAAUUUAUUUGAUUUGAAGUAACGAAUAUUUUUUAUAGAGCAUGACUGUCUUUUCGGAGAUUGUUUCGGUUAAACGUUGAGCGACACACUUAAUAAAUAGAGGCAAACAAUUCUUACUAACUCAUAGUUGUUCUGAAAGUGAAGCGAACAUAAACCUUGUUGAAGCGAA